AUGGCCGAAACGCAAACCGGAAAGCGCGUGAAGUACCUUCAAAGCGACAAUGGGGGUGAAUACAAGUCCGACAAGCUGGCACGAUUCUGCGCGGAACGGGGAAUACAACAAAGGUUCACACCCCCAUAUACUCCUCAGCUAAACGGAGUAGCUGAGAGAAUGAAUCGCACGCUGGUCGAGUGUGCGCGUUGCAUGAUGGAACACGCUGGACUGGGAAAGAGCUACUGGGGUGAAGCAGUGAUGACGGCGAUGUUUCUUCGAAACCGCUGUCCAACACGUGCCAUUCACCAAGACAAGUCUCCAUAUCAAGUGUGGACGAUGAAGAAACCGAUUCUGGCCAACCUUAAAGUGUUUGGAUGCCACGCGUAUGUUCAAGUGCCUCAAGACAAACGCGCGAAGUUCGACUCCAAGUCAUCACUCUGUCGUUUCCUGGGAUACGCCGAACACCAGAAUUCAUAUCGAUUUGAGGAAGUGUCAACAGGAGCGAUCAAGAUCAGUCGCGAUGCCACAUUCAUGGAAGACAAGUUUGAUGAAGGUCCGCGCAACUACAACGAUGAGUCAAGUGUCGUUGAGUUUGAUGAUCAUGAUGAGGACGAAGAAAAAGAAGAAGGUAAAACUGACGACGACAUGGACUCGAGCGACGAUGACAACGAAGACACCAGGUCUUCGAAGAGCAACAUCAAGAGACACACGCGCACUCAAUCACUUGAGAAAGCUACCGUCAUUCCAAGUCCCAAGCGAAGAACGUACAGAGGUCCGUCGCUUGAGCAUGUGUCAGCGGCUGCAAUGGAUUUUGAAGCAGCCUACAUCGUUGAUUCAGUGGGGGAAACGCCGACUACAUUCAAGUCGGCGAUGGAAUCAAGCGACUCCGGCAAGUGGAAAGAAGCGUGUGACUCGGAGUUCGAUUCGCUUCAGAGAAACGACACGUGGGAAAUCGUGCCUCUUCCGAAAGGUCGCAAGGCCAUCGGGUGCCGAUGGGUUUUUCGUGUAAAGGAGAAUCAAGAUGGCGAAGUUGAACGUUUCAAGGCAAGACUUGUGGCCAAAGGAUUCUCACAGAAAUUCGGAGUUGACUAUGAAGAAACUUUCGCACCGGUGGCCAAGUUCACAUCGAUUCGUGUGGUGCUCAGUAUGGCGGCUAAGUACGGCCUAAUGCUACAUCAGAUGUGUUGA